GAGCGCUCAUUAGCUGCCUUGACUCUCAGGGUGAAUUCUUUCAGUUUGGUGAUUGGUUCCUCAGCUGCAGACACAUUCUUGUUCCCUUCAUCUAAGUGGAAACUCUGAAAGUUAUGUAGUUUUCGAAACAAGAUGGAAUUCUUUCAAGUUUGUAUCUUAGGACACUUAAGAACCUGGAUUUGACUUCCAGGAUGGUUAUACAAAAAGUAAAAGAUCAAGUGCUCACAAGGUUAAAUUUCAGGAAAGCCCUCUUGGAUGCAAGACAAAGGCGGGGUGUAAAACGAAAACAAAAGUAGCUUGAGUUAAAGAGGUCAUUUGAUUUUAGUCUUCACUCAAGACUGCUCCUCUCUGCCCACUGAAACAGAUUGGAGCCAUGGCUUUGGAACACAACCAGUCAACAGAUUACUAUUAUGAGGAAAAUGAAGUGAAUGGCACUCAUGACUAUAGUCAGUAUGAAGUGAUCUGUAUAAAAGAAGAAGUCAGAAAAUUUGCAAAAGUCUUCCUGCCUGCCUUCUUCACAAUAGCUUUCAUCAUUGGAAUUGCAGGCAAUUCCAUAGUAGUGGCGAUUUAUGCCUAUUACAAGAAACAGAGAACCAAAACAGAUGUGUACAUCCUGAAUUUGGCAGUGGCAGAUUUACUCCUUCUAUUUACUCUGCCUUUUUGGGCAGUUAAUGCAGUUCAUGGGUGGGUUUUAGGGAGAAUCAUGUGCAAAGUCACUUCAGCCUUGUACACUGUCAAUUUCGUCUCUGGAAUGCAGUUUCUGGCUUGUAUCAGCAUAGACAGAUAUUGGGCAGUAACGAAAGCCCCAAGUCAAUCAGGAGUGGGGAAACCAUGCUGGCUUAUCUGUUUCUUUGUCUGGAUGGUUGCCAUCUUGCUGAGUAUACCACAGCUGGUUUUUUAUACAGUAAAUCACAAGGCUAGGUGCAUUCCCAUCUUUCCAUAUCACCUAGGAACAUCAGUGAAAGCAUCAAUUCAAAUGUUGGAAAUCUGCAUUGGAUUUGUAAUACCCUUUCUUAUUAUGGGAGUAUGCUACUUUGUCACAGCAAGGACACUCAUCAGGAUGCCCAACAUUAAAAAAUCUCGACCCCUCAAAGUUCUGCUCACGGUGGUUAUAGUUUUCAUUGUCACUCAGCUGCCUUAUAACAUUGUCAGGUUCUGCCAAGUCAUAGACAUCAUCUACUCCCUGAUCACUGACUGUGACAUGAGCAAACGCAUGGAUGUUGCCAUCCAAAUCACAGAGAGCAUCGCACUCUUUCACAGCUGCCUCAACCCAGUCCUGUAUGUUUUUAUGGGAGCAUCGUUUAAAAACUACAUCAUGAAAGUUGCCAAGAAAUAUGGGUCCUGGAGAAGACAAAGACAAAACGUGGACGAGAUUCCUUUUGACUCAGAAGAUCCUACAGAGCCAACCAGUACUUUUAGCAUUUAAAUGUAAAACUGUCUCUUGCUUCGAUUCACAUGAAUGAUGCUUCUCCCCAGAGAAAACAUCUGCUUUAUUCUGAAACUUAAAUGUUAAACACUGUGGUGCCAACUUAUAACAAUCAAAAGGUGGGGGAGGAUGGGAGAAUGUAGCAGCCAGGAAGAAGAGGAAAUGAAAUCACAAGUGCACAAAACAUGAACUUAACAUUAACAAUAUAGGAAAAUAGUAUUAACAGAUAUUAAUAAUAAAAACACUAUGCUAUAAAUUAGGCCAUCUGAAACAGAUUAAUACAGAGGCUUAUAUAAAGGAGCAUUUAUAAUUAUUUUAAAUGAUCUAAAUUUUAAUAUAAGAAUGACUUCACUGCAUAAUUUCAGUACUUGAAUAACUAUACAGCAAAAUUUAAUCCUUUUUUCCCAUUUCGUAGUUUGUGAUUUCGUAAGACCCCAGACA